GUAGGCGCGGGGAGCGCGGCGGGGCUGUGUGCUCCCGGGGCUGUGUGUGUCCCACAGCCGUGUGUGUCCCACAGCCGGGCGCUAUGUGGGUGCCGCUGUCCCUGCUGGCCCUCGCGGCGCAGCUGGCGCCUCACCGGAGCGCGGCUUCCCAGGGGGAGCAGCCGCCCGCAGUACCUUCACCAACGGAGAUUGUAGUGACAUCUGAAAAUUUCAAAUCAGUUUUGCAUUGGCAGUACCCACCUGUGUCUGAAACUCCUCGUUUUAUUGUGGAAAUCAAGCCUUACAAUUUAGGUUACUAUAAGAACAUCUCAACCUGUAUGAACACUACAGAUCAUUUUUGUGAUUUCUCAAAGGAAGUAUGUGACCCUUAUUUAUCUCACUGGCUUCGAGUUAAAGCUGUUGUUGGGUCACAACAGUCUGAGUAUGUUGAGUCAAAGGAGUUUAUUUUGCAAAGGCAUGGAAAAAUAGGACUGCCAAAACUGAGUCUCUCAAGACAUGGUGAUAAAAUCACGGUUGAUAUUUACCAUUCUGUAUUCCCUCUUUCUUGUAUUGAAGACAUUUAUUCAAAGCUUGAGUACUCGGUGAUUGUUCGGGAUAGUAAAAAUAAGACUGAAGAACUCUAUGCGGACAACUGUACAAUGCAUAAGUGCAGCCUCAAAAUCCCAAUUUCUACUGAAAAUUCUACUUACUGUGUUUCAGCAACAGGAAGUUUUGAUAAUCUGAUGUUUGGCACUCCAUCAGAGGAAAGUUGCAUUUCUGUUCCUCUCAAGCAGACAUCAAGUACACAUGGUAUCAUCAUUGUGUGUGUUGUUAUUGGGAUCUUGACUGUAAUAUUUUCGGUGUAUUAUGGCUGCAAAAAACUAAGGAAAGACAACAUACAGCUGCCAAAGUCGUUGGUCAUUGUGAUGAGAAACCUGAACACAGGCACCUUACUGGGACCGAGGUCAGACGGGAAGUAUAUAUCCGUAAUUAGCUUCCCAUCGAGCCACUCGGAGUUGCCAGUGAAUGGUGAAGUAACCUUGCUGGUCACAGAGCCAGAAGAACAAACUGUUAGUUCUGCAAAUUCCUGUGAUGGAGAAUCUUCUGUCCCAUCCCCAGAGCCACCAGCCAAAGAAGAAGAGGUGCCUGUUCAGGAAAGCACAGAGGAGGUCUCUUCUGAUGCUGAAGAACAAAACUGUGUGGUAAAAGAGAAUUACUUCAUUUCUGACAGUAGCCAAAUGGAUAUCUGCAAUGAGUCUUCAGGGUCAGAGAUCUCUACCACAGAAAGACAGCAAACGGUGAUUCCAAGCAGCUGCUUCAAGUUUUCUGGCUAUGACAAGCCUCAUGUUCCAUUAGAUAUGUUGAUGAUAGAUGUUGGUGAAGAGCAGCCUGUGAAUGCUUACAGGCCAACUGAGUAGGCAGGAUAACUAAAGUGCCUAACCACAACUCAGAACAGCAUUACUGAAGGUUUUGGAAAGUCUGGGUUAAAUUGUGAGCAUCUGCAAGUUGUCUUGUCCUGGUCAGUAAACAAUUGAAAAUAGUAUCUGAAAAUGGCAUAAAAAAUGUGGGGAAAUUUAAUAGUAACCACUUUUUGAAAUGCUUUUGUAUAUGAUAUAACUCAUUAUUUCCUAUUUGAAAUAGUGCUGUGUUUUUUAACAAUACUCUAUAGAAAAUAUAUCAUCGACUAUAAAACACCAGCUGUACCAUUAUGCACUUCUGCUUCAAAUCUUGCUCAAAA